AUGUCUUUAGGCCGUGUUUCAUAUCUAGAGUCUUGGGAGCAUCAGCCGCCGCCAUUUAUUCGACGACCUAGUUUCGGCGACGGCGCAGCAUCUGGAGAUGAAGAGUCCAUCAAUCGGCAUUCUCGUACACAGAGUCCUGACCCACACUUUUUUCCUUCUUCGUUACCGUCGAGUUUUCCCAGCAGGGCUGUGCGUCACAGAUUGAGCUUCAAUCCCGUUGCUGGGAGGGGCUGGGCUCAUAGUUCUGCAACCGAGCCGGAUGAGGAGCAGAGGCCGUUGUUCAAGUCUGAUAUUAGCCCAGACUUGACUAUUAGAGACGCCGGACCGGCGAGACUUGCAGAAGAAGGAAUUGCAGCUGAGGAUGUCUUUCAGGAUCCAAAGUGGGAUAUUGCGGAGACAAUACCGGCGUUUGAAGUGAACAGCGGGAAAAGAAUACUCCAGGUGAUUGUAGCAGUCACUUAUUGCUUACUUGCCGCUGGUCCAGUCUUUGGUUUCGCAGCUAUCAAACCGGUAUUUAUACGAGAGGGUGUGUAUCGAAAUCGCUGUACCAGUGAGGAACUGGAACAUGGGUUUGGGUUGUGUUAUGGGCAAGAGACUCGGUUGAAUUUGAUGUUCACCAUCGCGGCAGUUGCUACAAACAUUUGCGCCUUGCCCGUUGGCACGUUGCUCGACACUUAUGGCCCUAGAAUUAGCGGUAUCGUAGGCAGCGUCCUCAUAGCGAUCGGUGCUAUUCUUUUAGCAAUUGCCUCCAAGAUUCCAUUCGAUGCCUAUAUCACCGGGUAUCUUUUUCUCGCGUUGGGCGGUCCUUUCGUGUUCAUCUCAUCGUUCCAGCUAUCGAAUGCCUUUCCUUCUCGUGCCGGACUUAUUCUAUCGCUUCUGACUGGCGCAUUCGAUGCGUCCAGCGCUCUGUUUCUUAUCUUUCGGAUCAUCAACGAGAAAACAGAGGGCGUUUUUACCGUUCAGAGGUUCUUUACCAUCUAUCUGAUCGUACCGGUUUUCAUUCUACUUGCUGAGUUGUUUGUCAUGCCAGGCACUUCUUACAAAACUGCGGGAGAACUUGUUCUCCAAGCAGAACAGGUUAUGGUUGCGGAAGCCAACGAUACCGUCGACGAAUCGCUACCGGAACCUGACGAGGCCGAAAGGCAACGUGAAAGUCGCCGCGCUGAACGACAUGACAUCGUGAAUAACAUACAAGGCCUUCUUGAGGGUUCUAACAACCGAAAGAUUGAUGACGUUAUUUUCCACCAAAGCGCUCCGGAGGCUGCUAACUAUCAAUCCAAUCAAUCUAUUCAAACACCCAACACACAAUCUCCAGAAUCCAGCCACAACAAACACAGGUCAGGGGGUGUCUGGGGCGCUAUGCAUGGAGCGUCCGCUUUGCAGCAAAUCCGCAGUCCCUGGUUUAUCCUGAUUACGGUUUUCACGGUGUUGCAAAUGCUUCGGAUCAAUUAUUUUGUCGCUACGGUCCGUUCCCAGUACGAUUAUCUUCUUGGUUCGCCAGAGCUAGCGCGGCAGCUAAACGAGUUCUUUGAUCUGGCUCUCCCAGUAGGAGGGCUCAUCGCCAUCCCGUUCAUUGGCACGGUUCUUGACAAUGCAAGCACUGCGAUGGUUCUCUUCGCGUUAGUUACCACAUCCACGAUUAUUGGAAUUCUUGGUUGUAUUCCCGGAAGUAUUGGGUUCGGAUAUGCCAAUGUCAUCCUGUUCGUAGCAUAUCGACCAUUCUAUUACACCGCAGUCUCGGACUAUGUAGCGAAAGUGUUUGGAUUCCAGACAUUUGGCAAAGUAUACGGACUCGUGAUUGCUCUAGCCGGUAUCUGUAACUUUCUGCAGACGGGUCUCGAUGCAUUGACGUUCAAGGUCUUCGAUCGCAAUCCGACGCCAGCCAAUAUGGUGUUAACCGUUUUGGUUGCUGUUGUCGGCUUCUUCCUCGUCACUUAUGUUUCUUCCAAGGCUCGCGCUUUGUCCCAUUCGCAGAAUGAUAUGGCCGGUGAAGAGCAGGCGUUGGUAUCAGAGGCGCAGAAUGGAGGUUCGUAUGGGACGGUUUGA